UCCUGGGCAAAGUUCUGGACAACAGUCUCAGGUUUCCGCCCAUUAGGGAAGAGACAUGAAGAAGCGGAUUGUUUCUCAGGAGGGAGAAGAGCGGAAAAAAGUGAAACUCCACCCUCCACCUCUGCCUCCCGCCCCCGGGGCCAAAGUACAAAGGGAGGAGGAAGAAGGGAACGGGGUCGGAGCCGUCGGGGCCAAAGGAACCUGGCAGGGAAGAGGCAGCCUCUGCCCAACUGGGGACGCUCCCUCCACCCCCUGCGCAAAAAGACCCAACUGGAGUCCAGGAAGCUUUGCCCUCGCAGGCCCCACCUUACACUUGGCGGGCGACGGAGCCAGGCUCCCAGGACUGUUCCGGGACUGAGGGACGUCCAGGCCCCUCCAAGCCAGCCAUGGUGAGGCACCAGAGGCCCCAGGGCCCCACCCCUCCAGCCUGACCACACUGCCCUGGGUGUCCUCCUCCAGUAGCCCGAGAUGCGGGGGGCCGGGAGGCGACACUCCUGGCUCCCCAGAGAAGCGUGGGUCUGGGGCUGAGGACCAGGGCCCGGAUGUCUGGGUUCCGGGACUAGGGCCUCAGCAGCCAGCGGGGUUGGGGACCACGGGCACCCAGAGAAGGGCCCCCACCCAUCCCAACACCGGCUCCUGGCCAUGGAGCCCUUGAAGAACCUCUUCCUCAAGAGUCCUUUGGGGUCAUGGAAUGGCAGCGGCAGUGGGGGCGGUGGCGGUGGAGGCCGGCCAGAGGGGUCCUCGAAGGCAGCAGCUUAUGCCAACCCAGUGUGGACAGCCCUGUUCGACUACGAGCCCAGUGGGCAGGACGAGCUGGCCCUGCGGAAGGGCGACCGUGUGGAGGUGCUGUCCCGGGAUGCAGCCAUCUCAGGAGAUGAGGGCUGGUGGGCGGGCCAGGUGGGUGGCCAGGUGGGCAUCUUUCCAUCCAACUAUGUGUCUCGGGGUGGCGGCCCACCCCCCUGCAAAGUGGCCAGCUUCCAGGAGCUGCGACUGGAGGAGGUGAUCGGCAUUGGUGGCUUUGGCAAGGUUUACCGUGGCAGCUGGCGAGGCGAGCUGGUGGCUGUGAAGGCAGCUCGCCAGGACCCCGAUGAGGAUAUCAGUGUGACAGCUGAGAGUGUUCGCCAAGAGGCCCGGCUUUUCGCCAUGCUGGCACACCCCAACAUCAUUGCCCUCAAGGCCGUUUGCCUAGAGGAGCCCAACCUGUGCCUGGUGAUGGAGUACGCGGCUGGUGGGCCCCUCAGCCGUGCCCUGGCUGGGCGGCGCGUGCCUCCCCAUGUGCUGGUCAACUGGGCUGUGCAGAUUGCCCGUGGGAUGCACUACCUGCACUGCGAGGCCCUGGUGCCUGUCAUCCACCGUGACCUCAAGUCCAACAACAUUCUGCUGCUGCAGCCCAUUGAGGGUGAUGACAUGGAGCACAAGACCCUGAAGAUCACCGACUUUGGCCUGGCCCGAGAGUGGCACAAAACCACACAAAUGAGUGCUGCGGGCACCUAUGCCUGGAUGGCUCCUGAGGUUAUCAAGGCCUCCACCUUCUCUAAGGGCAGCGAUGUCUGGAGCUUUGGGGUGCUGCUUUGGGAACUGCUAACUGGGGAGGUGCCCUACCGUGGCAUCGACUGUCUUGCCGUGGCCUACGGGGUGGCCGUUAACAAGCUCACACUGCCUAUCCCAUCCACCUGCCCCGAGCCCUUCGCACAGCUCAUGGCGGACUGCUGGGCGCAGGACCCCCACCGCAGGCCUGACUUCGCUUCCAUCCUGAAGCAGUUGGAGGCGCUGGAGUCGCAGGUCCUGCGGGAAAUGCCGCGGGACUCCUUCCAUUCCAUGCAGGAAGGCUGGAAACGCGAGAUCCAAGGCCUCUUCGACGAGCUGCGGGCCAAGGAAAAGGAACUACUGAGCCGCGAGGAGGAGCUGACGCGCGCGGCGCGCGAGCAGAGGUCCCAGGCGGAGCAGCUGCGGCGGCGCGAGCACCUGCUGGCCCAGUGGGAACUGGAGGUGUUCGAGCGCGAGCUAACGCUGCUGCUGCAGCAGGUGGACCGCGAGCGGCCGCACGUGCGCCGCCGCCGCGGCACGUUCAAGCGCAGCAAGCUCCGGGCGCGCGACGGCGGCGAGCGGAUCAGCAUGCCGCUUGACUUCAAGCACCGCAUCACCGUGCAGGCCUCACCUGGCCUUGACCGGAGGAGAAACGUCUUCGAGGUCGGGGCUGGGGAUUCGCCCACCUUCCCCCGGUUCCGGGCCAUCCAGUUGGAGCCUGCAGAGCAGGGCCAGACAUGGGGCCGCCAGUCCCCCCGAAGACUGGAAGACUCAAGCAAUGGAGAGCGGCGUGCCUGCUGGGCCUGGGGUCCCAGUUCCCCCAAGCCUGGAGAAGCCCAGAAUGGGAGGAGAAGGUCCCGCAUGGACGAAGCCACGUGGUACCUGGAUUCAGAUGAUUCAUCCCCCUUAGGAUCUCCUUCCACACCCCCAACACUCAACGGUAACCCCCCACGGCCGAGCCCUGAGCUGGAGGAGCCACGGCGGAGCACGGAGCGUGGGAGCAGCUCCGGGACGCCCAAGCUGAUCCAGCGCGCGCUGCUGCGCGGCACUGCCCUGCUUGCCUCUCUGGGCCUCGGCCGUGACCUGCAGCCCCCUGGGGGCUCGGGCCGUGAGCGCGGGGAGCCCCCACCAACACCCCCCGCGCCGGUGCCCGCCGAGCCACGCCAUUCCCCGCCCAUCAGCUUCUCGCCCAAGACGCCCGAUGCCCGGGGCCCGCCCACCCCCACGCCCCUGCUGCUGGACCUCGGUGUCCCCGCAGGCCAGCCGUCAGCCAAGAGCCCCCGGCGCGAGGAGGAGACACGCGGAGGCACUGUCUCACCCCCGCCAGGAACAUCACGCUCUGCUCCUGGCACCCCAGGCACCCCACGCUCACCACCCCUGGGCCUCAUCAGCCGACCGCGGCCCUCACCCCUUCGCAGCCGCAUCGACCCGUGGAGCUUCGUGUCAGCUGGGCCACGGCCUUCACCCCUGCCCUCGCCACAGCCUGUGCCCCGCCGGGCACCCUGGACCUUGUUUCCAGACUCAGACCCCUUCUGGGACUCCCCACCUGCCAACCCCUUCCGGGGAGGCCCCCAGGACUGCAGGGCACAGACCAAAGACGUGGGCGCCCAGGCCCCAUGGGCACCAGAGGCAGGGCCUUGAAUGGGCCAGGCCACUCCUUCAUGCUCCAGCUGCCUUAGAGGAGCCACAGCAUACACUGGAACAGGAGCCAGGCAAGGCUCUAUAGCUGCCUCGGUUUCCCCCAGGGACCCCACCCCUUUUGGGGGUAAGGAACACUACACUGCACAGGAAGCCUUCACACUGGAUGGGGGGUCUGCACCCCCACACCUGCAACCUGUAAGUCCUCCUGACUUACCUGCCCCACUGGGGCCUGACACUGUACCCAGCUGGUUGGGAGGACCAGAGCAUGUCUCAGGGAAUUGCCCCCAGGGGUGGUGCAGGGAGGAGGGGAGGUGCAGGAGAGAGGGGCCGGCUUCAGCUGUCACCAGCACUUUUGACCAAGUCCUGCUACUGUGGCCCCUGCCCCAGGGCUUAGUGCCUGGACCCCCUGCCCUGGGGGCCAUCUGGGGCCAGGGUUCUCUGGGUGCCUUCCUGCUGCCCCAGCCAGGGUUAGGGCCUUAGCCUCGGGAUCCAAUGAAGCCAAAUAAACUCGUAAGCUGU